UCAUUGAUAAUGUUGCGUUUUGUUGUAAUCGAAGUUCGACAACAUUUGUGUUGUGCCAACGUAUUUCUGAACUUCCAACAAUCCAUUACAGAUUUCGAUUCUGUGCGAAUUAAUGUGGAAGAUGGUCUGAUACGCGUAAAAGAUUCCACCGAUUCCACAGUGGUUGAGGUGAAAGUUGCCGAAUAUUUUACGAUAUUGACGGAAACGUUUAGCAAUCUGUUGGUGGAUCAAGAGAAUAUAUCAUUUCGCAUAAGUGUGCAAAAUGUUAAGGAUUUAAGUCAAUAUGGUAAAGGAAGUUCCCACUCGGCACCAGCAUUUCAGCUUGAGGAAGGUCAGAGCGUUUCCCUGCACUGUAAACAAUGUGAAUCGACGUUAUGUGGCAGCCAGCGAUAUAGUAAAGUAAGAGAAUUCCCCUCCGGCUCUAUAGAUAUCAGUGAGUUCUUUUGUCAUCAUGGUCCAAGUUUUAAUGAUGUCCUCCUACCACGCAUUGCGGAUAUAUUUUAUGGUUUCCAAUUUGUAAUAAUAAAUAUGGAAAAUAUUCGAAAUGCUAGCAAAGAACGGGAACAGCAUUUAUAUUGCAAACGUUGUAGCAGAUAUUUGGGUGAAACACUAUUUGAGGGUAAAGCAGCAAAAUUGUGGACGGAUUCCAUUGCUAUGAAACGUGAGGACGAUAUAGAAACUACGGACCUCUUCAAUGUUGCGGAACAUAAUCUGUUACAACUGCUAAUGCUAAAAGUUAUAAAUGAAACCUCAUUACCUUCACCGGAACCACUACUACGGAAUAUGCAUUUUACCAAAGUCCUAUUGGAAACCAGUCUGGCCAAUCGUAAACCCCGAUAUCUUUUAGUGCAAAUCUUAGAAAAGAAUUUACCGGUACUUAAAAACGAUGACGAAUUGCAGGAUGUGGAAAGGAAAGAUGCCGAUACAUUAAUACAUCUGUUAAAUGUAGAACUUGGUGUAUGUCAGGCAUUUAAGUUACUGUAUAGAUUGAUUGAAAGUGAACACCAGCCGAAUGAUAAUUGUGAUGAUGUCAAUGGCGAAGUAGAUGAAAAUGAACCUCCCAUGUUAUCCUAUUGGCAACAGGAUAUUAAUAUACUUAAAUUGAAAAUAUCACCUUUCCUGUUUCAUGAUUUAUUAGACGAAUUGAAUUGUAAUUCUUUGUUGUUACCUGAAAUCUAUAGAAAUAAUAAAGAUUCAUUUACACUGAGCUAUAUUUUUCAAUAGAA